UGAAGCUUCGAAUGUGGUGCCGGACAGACGUGAAGUCUCAAGCGGAAAGGAAGCACUAUCAUUGCUGAGUUGUUGAACAUAUGAAAGAGGAGAAAUGUCUUAUCGUUUCGGAGCAGUGGUUAUCAAUAUAUAAAUCAUAUUAAUUGACGUUGUUGGUGUGCGUUGUUUUCAGUGGUUAAUCGGUGAUUUUGUCUCACUUCUGUGAAAGUGCAGGAUACAGCUUGACUAGCUGUGUAUCAUCGCGUUAGAAUUAGAAAGCAGCCAUCUUACUUACCCAAUCAAAGGUCUUUGGCUAGCGGUUUCAUUGUCUGGUUUCAAACCAGAAAUAUAUAAUACACAGCCCGUCAAAUGGCGUUAAAACGAAUUAAUAAGGAACUGCAAGACCUGGGUAGAGAUCCUCCAGCACAAUGCUCAGCAGGACCUGUGGGCGAUGAUUUGUUCCACUGGCAGGCCACAAUAAUGGGACCACCAGACAGCCCGUACCAGGGAGGUGUAUUCUUCCUAACAAUUCAUUUUCCUACAGAUUAUCCAUUUAAACCUCCAAAGGUUGCAUUUACGACAAGAAUAUAUCACCCUAAUAUAAAUAGCAAUGGCAGUAUCUGUUUGGACAUUUUGAGAUCGCAGUGGUCCCCAGCGCUUACUAUAUCAAAAGUUUUACUGUCCAUAUGCUCUCUUCUGUGUGAUCCUAAUCCAGAUGAUCCACUAGUGCCAGAGAUAGCUAGGAUAUACAAAACAGAUAGGGAAAAAUAUAAUGAACUGGCAAGAGAGUGGACGCGGAAAUAUGCUAUGUGAUGCUCUCAACACCAGCAGCGGCCCGGCUCACCAAAAUCAGCUGUCGGUUAAUUUCCAAAAAACAAUAGAACAUGAAACAACAAAAGAUUUCAAGCAACUUAAGGGACUUCCUGACACUGGUGUUUUGAUUCUGACCGUUGCUAGCAUUUCAGCAGAAAGCUCCACAGCUUUUACUUUUUGAGAAAUAAGAAAGGGAAAUGCAAUUGGUCCUACUGAAUAAUUUUCACUUAAACUUCUGUGGUUUUAAUGAAGAAGAAUGCCUGAUUUAUUUUGUGGUGUUAGACUUAGCUAUGAUUUUCUUCUUUUUAAAAUGUGAUAUGUUGUUGAAAUAUUUCAAGAGACUUGAUCAGUCAAGGCAGGAAAGGCUUGGGAAUUGUAUGUUGGAACUUACUUUAUGCCCGGUCACAGGAAGUUCCUCUGUCCUUCUGUCACCUUUUGGUAUGCCCUUAUUGUGUAUGCAAGUCAGAUAUAGUUAGUAAAAAUAUUUUGCUGCCAUUAUCUUGUAUCCAGUUUACUUGAUCAUUGCUGUCUCAUGGUUCCAUCUUAAUUUACUUAUCAUAGCAUUGCCCUCCCAUUCUAAUCCUAACUUAAGGUGGGAGCUACUAGUGCUGUGAUCUUCAAAGAACAAGAAAAAUAACAAUGUGUGGUGCAGAAUGCGAAGAAGGCACCAGGUUUUGAUUACUUUUAACAUCAAAUGUGGAGCCCAUAUUAAUUUUUCUCAUUGUACAUUUUCUCCAUACUCCAUCUAAAGUGGACAUGUAUGAAACUUAUGAUCUUGUUAAUAAACAUUGAACAUUAAUUAGUUAAAUUAUUUAUCAGGGAUAGAUUUUGAGAACAGUACUAUUUAUUACACUUUAAAACCUUUUUUUCUGAUAUGUUUUGAUGAUGCAUCCUGCUUAGUAUUGGUUUUUAGUCACUUAUUUUUCCUUGCUCCAUAGUAUUCUUUUAAAAUAACUUUCAGAUACAUGUGAGCUCUGCAGUGGAUGCUACUAGAUAGUGCACCACUUUUAAUAAAUAAGUUUUGUUUAUAUUGAUGUUCUGAUGUAAAUUGUGAUUUCGAAAUGAAACUGUAUUUAUUCGGCAAGUUUUGUAUGUAUAUAUCAGUAAAGAUUGUUCAUUUGUAAACCUAGUAUUAAAUUGCAUACCAGAAGACCUCGGCACCCUCCACUUUGCAUUGAUCGAAAUGAGAGGUGCGUUGCUGUAAGAAUAGCAUGAUUAACAAUUUGCAGAAAUUUCAUUUAGAAUAUAGGUUUUUAAGUGUCGGCAUCAAGUAAAUUUUGUUCAGUAACUGGCUGUUGUUGACAAUAGCUGACUAUUUGUAACUAGAUAAUGAAAUUUCUGUAUUUAUCAAACCUCAGUGGACUGGAACUUGGGGCAUACCCUGGAGUAUGCAAAUGAUGCAUAAUGCAUCAUAGGCUGUGGCUUAUGGUAAAAUUAAUUUAACAGAGCUAAUUGUAAUAGUACAAUAUUCAAAGGAGGAUUUUUUCAUCCUGUCACCUAUUCAUUUUUAUUGGUAGUGUUCAUGUGUGAAGUGCUGAGAUAUGUUGUUGCAUGUUGUCUUCAGAGGUGAUAGUGGUAAACUUGACUGAAAAAGCCUGAAGCUAAAGAAAAUUGCAUUUUAAUAUUUAUUGGUUCCUGAUGUUUUGAAAGUGGGUGUGAUCCAUUCAUUGUACAAUAACAAAUGCAAUUGCAUUCUUUUCAGUUCGUUAUAUAUUUUUGCUUGGCAUUGUACAGUGCAAAAAUUACACACGAGGAAACACAAUAAAAUGAGUGAUACUUUA